UAUUUUUCACUGAAGAUGGUAGAAUGGAGCGUGGAAGCUUUCUUGAGACAUGGAGAUCCCUUCCGGAUUCAAACGAGGUCCAAAAGGACUUUCCAGGGCUUGCGAUAAGCAGCGCAGAAGCAACACUGGAUCGGCUGGCUGCAUCAAACAUGUUUUUCAUAGCAAAGCGCAAGCACGCGAAUCAGGACGUGUUCUAUUUCUCUGCAAAGAUCCCACGAGGUGUACCCUUUUUGAUUGAACUCACAACAGUUAUUGGAAAUCCUGGCCUCAAAUGCGCAAUUAAGACUCCGAGCCCUGAGAUGGCACCCUUGUUCUUUGAAGCGGUUGAGAAUCUCCUGAAGCCUUGAUUUUCUUGUCUUUAUUAAUUCUCCAAAGAAAUAUUUUUGUUAGUGUUGUAAAAAUCUGUUUUUGGCCCUCCACCCGUUCUCUUUGUAUUGGCUUAAUGUUAGUUUUUUGUUUUAUUUUUUUAAAAAAAAAUUUGUAAGUGUUUCCUUUUUUUAACAUGUAUUUUAUUAGUCAAAACCAUUUAUGCAGUAGUGAUUUAUAAGACAAGAUUAUUCUUUUGCUGUUAUCCAGGAUUCUUCCUUUAAAAAGGACA